CUGGCUUCCCGGAGAGAGGAGACAUAUCCGAAAAGGGAAGGCGAGAAGACAAGAUCUGGCGCCCGGCAGGAUGUGGUAACUAUCGCCUCCUUUCCAGUAUACGGCCAGAGGCUGGUUGAACAAGGGUAAGGAUUUGGUGAAAAGGUUUAAAACCCGGGAUAUUGCGGUGCUGUUGUAAGCUUGAGUUGACUAUGGAUCUGGAGAAGUCUUCCGUUUGGGGGUCAUUCAAGCAAAGGACAAAGCCGUUAUUACAAAAUCUGAGCAUCAGAAGGACUAAGAAGACCACAACUAAGGUGGUGGAGAGAAGGCAGAGGCACCCCUUAGACCGCCGACUUAGUUCUUCUGUGCCCGAUAUGCUGAAUGUAGAAACUGUUAUUGAAGAAGAAACAAAUUAUUCCCGUUCCAAAGCCUUGUCCACUUACUUCCCAAGUGACUUUUCUGCGACGGACGUGUUCCUUCACAACUCAAAUGGCUCUUCCUUGAAAGAAACUGGAGAGGAAUGGGAACGGGGCCAAAAGGAGAUGGCACAUUUGGAAAGAGGGGAGAACGACACGGGGAAACCGGUCAUCUGCAUCCAAGGUUCAGAAGCCAAGAGGAAUUCCAGUGAUGAUUUCUUUGAUCUGUUACAAAGAAGUAGUUUCAACAGUGACCUUGCAGAAGAUGCUCUUGAGCAUUCUUUCAGUGGCUCCAACCUUGACUCAUCGUGUUCCUCGCAGGGCUUUGAUGGCCAGUGUGCACUUGAGGAAGGAAGCGAUUGUGUGAGUAAAUUGCCCAGCUCAUUUGCAUAUCUGUUAACGAUACAUCUAAAAGAAGGCAGGAAUCUGGUCAUCAGGGAUCGCUGUGGUACAAGUGAUCCAUACGUGAAAUUUAAGAUGAAUGGCAAAACCCUUUACAAAAGCAAAGUUGUCUACAAGAACCUGAAUCCUGUGUGGGAUGAAACGGUUGUGCUUCCCAUCCAAACCCUUGAUCAGAAACUCCGUGUGAAGGUAUAUGACCGCGACUUAACUUCGUCUGACUUUAUGGGUGCUGCAGUUCUAACUCUGGGUGAACUGGAGCUCAACAGGACUUUUGAGAAGGUUCUCAAACUGGAAGAUCCAAACAGCUUGGAGGAUGACAUGGGGGUGAUAGUGUUGGAUCUGAAGCUUGCUGUGAAGCAGGGAGACAUUAAAAGAAAUAAAUGGGCGAGCCGAAGAAAGCGCUCGGUGCCCAAGGCAAGCUUCAUGCGAAACUCUAGGCUGGAAGAUUCUUUACAGAAAAACCAACUGUGGAAUGGAACAGUUACCAUUGCUUUACUGGAAGGGAAGAAUAUCCCUGCUGGAGGGAUGACACAAAUAUUUGUCCUGUUAAAAAUGGGUGACCAGAAGUAUAAAAGCAAGGUGACUCUGUGUAAGAGUGCAAACCCACAGUGGAGAGAACAGUUUGAUUUUCACUACUUCUCUGACAGGAAGGAUGUGUUGGAGGUUGAAAUCUGGGGAAAGGAUAACAAAAAGCACGAAGAAAUCUUGGGAAUGUGCAAAGUAGAUAUUGCUGCACUCCCUGGCAAACAAACCAACUAUUUGGAACUGCCGUUGGAGAAACAGCCAGGGUCCUUGUUGAUAGGAAUCUCCGUUGUGCCUUGCUUGGGUGUUUCUAUCUCUGAUUUGUGCGUUUGUCCCCUGGCGGAUCCUGCUGAGAGGAAACAGAUCUCCCAACGCUAUAGUGUAAGAAACUCAUUCCAGAACAUAAAAGACAUUGGAUUUUUGCAAGUUAAAAUUUUAAAAGCUGCUGAUCUCUUAGCUGCUGAUUUUUCAGGCAAAAGCGAUCCCUUCUGUCUGUUGGAGCUUGGGAAUGACAGGCUUCAGAGUUAUACAGUUUAUAAAAACCUCAACCCGGAGUGGAACCAGGUCUUCACUUUCCCUGUCAAAGAUAUCCAUGAUACACUAGAAGUGACUGUGUUUGAUGAAGAUGGAGACAAACCUCCUGAUUUCCUCGGGAAAGUUGCCAUCCCUUUACUGUCUAUUAAAAAUGGUCAACAAAGCUGCUACACACUUAAGAAUAAAGAUCUAGAGAUUCCUUCCAAAGGUGUGAUCUACUUGGAGCUGGAGGUCUUAUUUAAUCCUGUAAAAGCAAGCGUCAGAACCUUUUCUCCGCGUGAAAGACGGUUUCUGGAAGACAAUCGCAAGUUUUCCAAGAAGAUCCUAUCGAGAAAUGUCGAUCGUGUGAAAAGAAUCACCAUGACAAUAUGGAACGCAAUACAAUUUAUUCGAAGCUGCUUUCUUUGGGAGUCCCCCAUAAGGAGUGUGAUGGCAUUUGUGGCCUUUGUGGUCACGGUGUGGCAUUUUGAGUUGUACAUGGUUCCCUUGGCUUUGUUGUUGCUGUUUGCUUACAAUUUCUCCUUGAUCACGCCGGAGAAAGCCACCAGCAUCCAAGACCCACAGGAUUGCAUCAUUUUAGAUGAAGACGAAGAUGACGACGACAAGGAAUCUGAAAAAAAGGGCUUAAUAGAAAGAAUCCACAUGGUUCAGGACAUUGUUAUAACCGUUCAAACUAUUUUGGAGGAACUUGCAUCUUUUGCGGAAAGGAUAAAAAACACAUUCAACUGGACAGUUCCUUUCCUCUCUGCCUUGGCUUGUUUAGUCCUUGCAGUAGCAAUGAUCGCCCUGUAUUACAUACCACUAAGGUACAUCGUUUUAAUCUGGGGCAUAAAUAAAUUUACGAAAAAGCUCCGGAAUCCCUAUGCCAUUGACAAUAAUGAGCUCCUCGAUUUCCUCUCCAGGGUGCCGUCAGAUGUUCAAAGGGUGCAACAUGCUGAAUUGAAACCAUGCAGCGGUUCCAAUCCCAUUAGGAAGAAACGGAACGCUUUGUAGGAUGCUGAGUUUGGAAUGCGGCAUUCUCCGGCACACUCACACACAUCCUCAUGCACACGGUGCUGUGCUCACUGCCUCCUAUCCUGGAUGUUUUGUCUGGAAAGACAUAUGUAAAAACCUCCUGCUCCAAAUUAACCCAAGGCCUCACCUUGAAUUGAGAUGGCGUUCCUCCUACUUACUCACACACCGAUUUUUACCCACACUAAGAAGAGAAUUCGACGUAUUGAAUCCUGAAUGGUUUUCAACAUGCCUGUUGGAUUCAAAACCAUAGGAGAGACUUCCUCAUAUUUUUGUAUAGCAGAAAAAGUCACGUUUUGCUUCGUGGGCAGAUCAAGAAAACUGAUAUGAGACAUUUUCAACCCCCUCAACAAAUUUGCAUUAGGAUACGAAACCAAUCCAUCACUUGCCCAAAUGACUGUGUGCCUAUGGUUUUCUAGCUCCAAAUCAGCCAAACUCUUGAUACAUAUCUUCUACUUCAAGCAAUGGAUGGUUUAGAUAAUUUUUGUUUCCUCAUAAUUAUCAGAUAUUGCUCAGCAUUCAAACGUUUUCUUUCUUUCUUUCCUUCCUUUUUUUAAAAAUAAUCCUGCAAUUGCUGCUGACAUAUUUGUUGAAAAUUGCCAAUAGCUGCUAAAUACCAUUUUGGAACUGAUGUGCUUUGAGAGCUGUCUGUUGCUGGCGACAGGCAUUUUCUCCAGGUUCCACAUAACAGGGCCACAAGGACUGGACCAACGGAUGCUAUUCAUUCAAUAUGCCUUUCAAGUUUCCAUUUUACCAGUCUGUUCAUUUUCUCCUCGAUUCCAACUUUCGAUGCAAUGGUAUGCACACACUACAUAGGCAAAAAUAUUUUUAAUAUAAUCUUAUAGGCAUAGAGAUGCAUGCAUUAAAGGGAUAUGUUGGAGAUAA